ACGAGACGGCAGCAACAUAGUUGUUGCUUGUAAGAUACCUACUAAAUGCAGUGCACACACAUUUUCCGCAUAGGUUUUUAUAAAUAAUCAUUUUUUUUCACUGUCAUGUAUUCAUCGAUUCAUAUUAAAACCAGAUUUUUUGUUUAGCUCGAUUUUAACUACUAUUUUAUAUCACUUCUGUGUUCUAUUUAUUAAAUUUGUAUUUUCAUUACCAAUCAAUAUGGUGAGAACAAAACAAUCUAUGAACUAUGUCGUUUCCGUUGGGAAAUCGUCGAAAUCGGCUGCGGCCGCUGGUAAGUCGUCAAGUGGCGGAUCAUCAUCGUCGUCCGCUUCUUAUUCUACAGGCGGGUUCGACAACGGUUCUUCAACUCCCGGCAAAAACAAAAAAUAUUCUGGCGGCAAUCCAGUGUGUCUCAGAGAGACGCCAGUGUGGCAGAAGGAGAUCACUUGUUUCUUUGGGACCAAAAGCCAAUUGGCCAACGGGGACGACUCGGACCAAGAUGAUGACCCCCGACAAAUGAAUGGACCUUCCGGAUCUUCAGCCUAAACACUCACCUUGACAGUUAUUUAAAUUUUAUAUUUAUUUUAUUUUCCACGAAAUUCUAAUUAUUACGGUAUUUAUACAUAUUUAUAUAUUUUUAAAAAAAAAAUUAUUUCCCUAAAAAUAUCUAAACGUUUGUACUCGUACAGUGAACAUUUUGACUAGAUUGCGUUUUAAACAUAAUAUAUAUACAUUUUUUUAUGCGCGCGAGACUAAAUAUUUUAUUUAUGAGUUAUUGAUUUAAAUAAACAUAAUACGUUCUUUA